AUGGACGCUGAGCCGAUAAUAGGCUGCACAGCCCCUGCUCAAGGGUUUUCAGCCGGCCACCUUUGGCUGAAAAAACACCGAGCGACGGAGAGAAAGACGUCAGGCUCGGCUCAGCUACCUCGGCGACAUGGUCGUUGGACCCUGACGAGACGUGGAACCGAUUAUCGACACUCGGGCCGAUGCAAACGUCUGAAGGUCGUACGUGAUGAGGCUUCGGAUGCCUCCGGCAACAGAGGCAAGUAUGCCUUCGCUUUCAUGCGUGCGCAAGGUCCUCGUCCCAACUCCAUCCUCUCAACCAUCACCCCGCAGAUCAAAUCUUCAUCGCGCAGCUACCGACAAACCCGCAUCUGCUGCAAUGGCAAGCUCUUCGUGCCCCUUCUCCGCAGACUCGCGUUAAGCUUGUCGAUCCUGGAUCUUCGACAGGCAGCAUCGUUGGCAAAGUGGAAGGUCGAUAGUGUCGAGGGUUGA